AUGCCUAAUUUGGCUGGUCCUGCAGUGAGGCUUAUCGACGAGACAGGGAGUCACUCAAGUUCAGGGCUCGUUGAGGUCCAGACCGCAAAUGGCCACGGCACUGUCUGUGGCCUGGACCAAGGCGCAGCAGACACGAUCUGCAGACUGAUGGGAUUCCAAGAGGGGUCUGUUGUCAAGGGUGCAUGUUCAAGCAUCCAUGGACACAAUCUCUGCGGAAGCCGGGGCAUGCCCGUUGCUAUGCAGCAGCUGAGCUGCAAGGGCACUGAGCAAAACCUUGCGCAGUGUCAGUGGGUGGUGCCGCGGGGUGAAUGUUUGGAGCACUUCCACGACUCUGUGGUUGAAUGCCACGGUGGUUCUGCAAGUUCUUCAUUCAGAACUGCCCUGCGCCUAGUGGAUGCACAGGGCCGGCCCAGCCAAAGCAGCUCGGGGCGGCUAGAAGUUCUGCUACAAGGGCACGGGUGGAGCCCUGUUUGCAGUUCAGGGUUUGGUAUUGGGAGUGCGGCUGCGGCCUGCAAGUCAUUGGGCUUUGCAGCUGUCGAUGGCAACCCAGUCCACUCCUGCAACGAGGAUGAGGAUAUAUGUGGGACAGCUCUUCCCCAAGUGCAGCUGCUCUGUGAUGGGACUGAGCCUGAUGUUUCAAAAUGUUCCCAGAAGGUGGGCGAUGAGGUGUUCUGUGCUCCUCAUGAGAAUGACGUUGCAAGGGCCAGAACCCCCCUCUGCACUGGUCGCCACCGCCUGCAACACUGGCUGCAGUCAACCUGCUAG